AUGUUGAAGUACGUGUAUAUGGCCUGCGCGCUUGGCGCCUCCAUCAUCUUCCUGUGGCUGUCUCUGACUGGCCCACCGCCACCAAUUGCUCACCAUACCUAUUUGCCCGAAGUGGAAGCAAGACCACGCUUUCUACUUGGAAAUGUGACAUACCGACACUUUGACGACACAGCCGAGCGUCUUUGGGACGAGCUGGUCCCUUCUAACAAUGGUGCCGUCCUCGCCACCAACAUAACCAGUGGUUUUCACUUCUGGGCGAUUCCCGCAAUGUUCCACCAGCUCCGUUGCCUGCGCGAGAUUCGGCAAGAAUUCAUCGCGCUUAGCAGAUCUGGAGCAGAGGCGCGCAGGUUCAUGUCUGAUCGGGGUCCCGGAUCCUCGUACGCAAACGUGUCGUACUGCUUUGACUACGUCCGUCAGAGCAUUCUCUGCCAUGCAGAUACGACGUUGCACCCGGUCGCGCAACUCACUCCAGAACAGAAAAUCAUUGACGGAAAUGCCUUGUGGCACAUGUGCAAGGAUGAUUCAAUCCUGUACCAAUGGGCACAAACGUCUGGAAUGCCUCACCAGGACUAUCUAAUUCGUGAACACCCGAUUUCCGGAUGA